ACCGGGCCAACCCGAAUAAAUGGUAUAAAACCACCCUAACUCUCUUUUAGGGUUUUUAGUUUGUUGCCUGUGUCUGUGUUGGAUCUACUACCGCCCAAUAUCAACUUGUCCCAAAGCCACCAUGACUGCUCAAACUCAAGAAGAGCUUCUUGCUGCGCAUCUCGAACAGCAAAAGAUCCAUCAUGAUGAGCCUGUAGUCGAGGAUGAUGAUGAUGAGGAAGACGAGGAUGAUGAUGAUGAUGAGGAAGAUGAUGAUGUAGAAGGACUAGAAGGUGAUGCUUCUGGUAGGUCCAAACAGACCAGAAGUGAAAAGAAGAGCCGCAAGGCAAUGCUUAAACUUGGGAUGAAACCUGUUACCGGUGUCAGCCGUGUGACAGUCAAGAAGAGCAAGAAUAUCUUGUUCGUCAUUUCAAAGCCAGAUGUUUUCAAGAGCCCAACUUCCGACACCUACAUUAUUUUUGGUGAAGCUAAGAUUGAGGACUUGAGUUCACAGCUACAAACUCAGGCAGCAGAGCAGUUCAAGGCUCCUAAUUUGAGCAAUGUUGGAGCGAAGCCAGAAUCCUCUGGUAUUGCUCCGGAAGAGGAAGAUGUAGACGAGACUGGUGUUGAUCCCAAGGAUAUCGAGUUGGUGGUGACUCAAGCUGGUGUGCCAAGAUCAAGAGCUGUUAAAGCUCUCAAAGCUGCCAAUGGAGACAUUGUUGCUGCCAUUAUGGAGCUUACUACUUAAUGCUCAGAAUUGGCAGUGUUUUAGAUUUUGGAUUGUGGAGCUAUUUUUCUUUGUUGGUCAAAUUUUUUUGCGCAUGUUCAGUUUGAAAUAGUGGUUAAUCGUUAUAUUUGCUUUGAUCUAUUUUCUGUGUAAUUGCAUUCGCAAAAAUUAAAAAACUAGACUUUCUUGAAAGGUCAUUCUUAAUGCCAAUGCAAGGAUGACAGUCAUAAGUAUCAA